GGCGGAAAACGCAAAGAACAAGAAGAUAAGAAAAUUUCGCGGCAUCUGAUAACCAAUGGAUGCAACAAUAUAAAAAAAGUUAUUAUGAGUAAGAACGCUAGUUUUAAAAAUAUAUUAAAUGAGUGUAAAUAUAUUCCCAGUGAUAAAAAUAAAGAUAUCAAUUACUUAUCCAAAAAUGAACCAACAACGCCGCUUAUAUCCUCACAAAUUAGCAGCAAACGAAAAGUAAGUAAAAGAGCUGCCACAACAACCCGAAAGAAAUCAUUGGGAGCUCUUGAAAAGGGCACUUUAGCUGUUGCUACACAUGUAACUGUUAUUACCGAUAAUAUCCAAACUACGGCAAGGAAAAACUCUCGGUCAAGAGAACCACCACCGACUCAAUUACGUAUUGAUACUUUUUUCAAAAGUUGUACCAAGUCGUACAAAAUCGAGCCACUUUCAGUGAAGGAAGAAAAAUUGUAUUCAACUGCACAAAGCAGAAAAACAGCUAAAACAAAUACGAAGAGUUCAACACGUAGAGGGAGUAGAGCAAGAGGAGCUAAAGGACGAAAACGCUUAUUCAAAGAAAAUGAUGAUUGCAGCACCGCGACAAAAUCAAGUUUGAGUGGUUUCUCAGAUAUGGCAUCAACAUCAAAAAAGAGCAACCUUAAACGCUCCAGUACCGCAAAAACUGGAAGUCGUCCUGUUAAACGCAGUAAAGGGAAAAACAACCUGCAAGCUAUAGAAGAUCCUAUAAAUUUAUGCUCUUCUGCUGAGGAAGAAGAGGAAAAGGGCGAAACCACUCCAAGGAUUGUAUCAAAUAAUUUAUCCGAUUAUUCGCUCGAAGAUGAUAACAACAAUAAACACGUCACCAUAGAGGCCCCACCGAUGGUUACUAUUCCUGUAAAUCAAAAAACUAAUGAUAAGGCCGAAGAAAAAGUCAAGUAUACUAAACAAAUUGUGAAAUACAGCGGAGCUGCGAUUUCACCAAGUUGUUUAAAAUUUAAAACAGAAGGUGAAGAUCACACUCCAAACGGUAACCAAAAUAAUAUUGUAGUAAAAGAAGAAACAUCUGAGCAAGUAAGUUCCAAAAAUCCCGAGAAAAAUACUUCAGCUCAAAAGGACGUAGACAAGAUAAAAGAUGAAAAAGUAAAUGUUAAUACCCCACCUACCCCACCUCAGACGAAUUAUGACGCAGUCAGUAAUAGGUGUGAAAGUAAAGAUUCGUCGAAAGCUUCUCCUGUAGAGCUACCAUCUACCUCUAAAGGCGGUAGGGUGAAGAAAAUGCGCAUUUGUCCACCGUAUAAGAAAGUAGCUGGUACUACUUUUGCUGUUGAUGCCUUCCAGUAUGGUGAGAUUAGUGGCGUUACACAUUACUUUCUUACCCAUUUCCAUGCCGAUCACUAUCAAGGACUGACGCGUAAAUUUGCCAUGCCAAUAUAUGUUAGCCCCAUAACAGCAAGACUAGUGCGGGCGUUCAUACCUGUGGGGGAAGAGUAUUUGCACGAAAUCGAACUGAACUCACCCCACAUAAUCGCGGAUGUCGAAGUCACAGCAAUUGAUGCAAAUCACUGUCCGGGUGCCGUAAUGUUCGUAUUCAAAUUAACCACCGGACGUUGUAUUUUACAUACAGGAGACUUUCGCGCCUCAUCCGACAUGGAAUCAGAGCCGAUAUUUUGGAAUAAUAACAUUGAUGCAAUAUAUCUAGAUACAACAUACAUAUCACAUAAGAAUAAUUUUUCUACACAAUACGAGAGUAUCACGCGGGCUAAAGAUAUAAUAAAAGAUUUUCGUAGUAAGCGUCCAGCAGAGCGCGUAUUAUAUAUCUGUGGCUCAUAUGUGAUUGGUAAAGAACGCUUUUGGACAAGUAUAGCACAAGAGUUUGACUUAAAAGUAUGGACAGAAAAGCAUCGGUUGAAAGCUUUGCAAGCAAUGGACUUGGAAGAAGUGCGUGGCUUACUCUGUGAUGAUCCAAUGGAAGCACAAUUGCAUGUUAUAUCGAUUGGAAAAGUCAGUUAUCACUCACUGGUUGAAUAUUUCCAACCAUUUAAAACACAAUUCGAUGCAGUGCUUGCAUUCCGGCCAUCCGGUUGGGAGAAAAACACCAAAUCACAAUUGCGCGGCCAAAUAAAUGUUGUCGGCAUUGAAUACUCUGAACAUUCCAGUCAUGCAGAAUUGGAACGUUUUGUAACAUAUUUAAAGCCACAUGAGGUCAUCAGUACAGUGCCUGUUAUACAGGGUAAUCCAUGUAUUACGCCAAAGAUACCAGAAAAGUGGUAUAAAUAUCGCAACCUAAAGAGUAGACAUCGUAAUUUCCAACCAUCGAUUACAAGUUUCAUAAAAUUUUGUCCUCGCCAGCUGAACUGCAACAGAAAUACGCUAAGUAAAAGCACCACAAUGUGUAUAACACCGACCAAAUCACCUGAAGGCAUGGCUAACAACUUAUCACAAUUGAGUGUAUGUGCUAUGGCCACCUGCAGAGAAGUGCGAAACCAGGAUGUUUCUGCCGCGAAGGCAAUGAACGAUUUACCUGCAAUUUUCACCCUAUAUCCGGACAAGGAUGCUUUUGAUGACUGGUUGUCGUAGUUAAAGCUGUUUCUGCGUUUAUUGCUUUAAGACAUUAUAUUGUCACUAAAAUAUGUCGUUUAGACAGUAGGCUUUAAGCUUAAUGUUGAAACUAUUUUUAUACGUAAAUGAAUGAAUAAAAGGAUGUUUUGUUUGGACAUAUAGAAAA